AAAGAAAAAAACAGAGAGGCAGAUCAAGGAAUCGGAAUGAAGAGCAUCCCCGGGUGGUGCAUUGUCCUAGCGACAGUGGCUAUGACCGCGUUAUUACCGGUUCCAGCGACGGCAGGACGCGUGGAGCUCAAGAACGAGAUCUCCGGUCUCCCUAACCGGAAAGCAAAGGUUGCCGUGUGGCUCCGAUUAGCGACCGCAUUGACGUGGUGCCUUCUCAUGGCAUCCAGCACAUCAGCAGCCCGGUUUGAGGUGAGAAACGAGAUCGCGAGAUACCCGGGACGAGACCGACACCUCGCGGUUCAAUGUUGGUCGUCUAAUAACGAAUUGGGGAAGCAUAGCCUAAGACCGGGGGAAUCCAAAAGCUGGUCCUUCACGCCAAUAUAUAUCAAAUUACCAUUCCUCUACACAAACUUUCAGUGCACCUUCUUCACCGCUUUUGGCUCGCCUUUUGGUCAGACUACAACGGUUUUCGCCGGUGAGAGAAAAUUCAGGUGGGAAUGCGAUAACCCGGAGGAGGAAGAGUGCAUUUGGGCGGUUAAGAGAGAUGGGCUUUAUCUAAGGAAGAUCACAAGAGACAAUCAAGGCCAGAGGCUUUAUCAGGACGAAUUAAAAGUCACUUGGAUCGGCGGUACCAACUAUCACCCGGUUUAA